AUGCGCCUCGCGUCUAGCUCUCCACGCCCGGGCAAGACCAAGCAGAAGAUGCUCGACGAGGACAACCCUGGCGCCAAGCGGUUCAUGUCCCAGCGCCCCACGCAGCUGGACCGCGCACGCACGACAGUAGAAAAGCGCAACAGCACACUCGGAGUCGAGACCUCCCUCGACCGCGCAAGCUCCGUCAGCGCCGUGGACAGGUUGCGCCUCCUGUCGCAAAUGGCGGCCGGGCUGCCGGGCACCGAGUCGCUGGUGAACCGCCUCAGCGCGAGCGCCAGCAUUAGCAACAGCACCAGCGUCCCCCCGACAUCGACCAAGUCAUCUUUCACUACUACCAAAGUGGAGCUUACCUUGCCGUUGAUCACGGCGUCUCGCGCGAGUUCGGGCGACGUCGACCCGUUCCAGACCACAGACAACCCCCUGUUCCCACUCCCGGCUCGCGUCUGCCAGCCUCCUCCACCAAACCCAAUCCCUAAGCUUGAGGCGGACGACUUCCCCCUCCCCACCCGCCCGACGACCUCGCCAGCCCCAGCCUCUGCGCUCUCUGCAUACUCCCAGUCCUCGGAGAGACAUAGACCAACUACAGUCUUCCCGUCCUCGGAGAAACAUAGACCAACUACAGUCUUCCCAUCUUGCGACCUCGAGCGCCUCUCGUGGCCCUACGGCGACAUCGAUGCCCUCGAUAACGUAGUCUACCAGCUCGAAGCGCCCCGCCCACCGUACUUCAGCAACCAAUCGUUCCCGCACAUCCACAGCUCCGCCAUUGACUCGAGCGCUGGCUCCUCGAGUUCCAGUGGCCACUUCCGCCACAGGCUUGAAGUGUUCCGCCGUACUGUUACGGACGACGUGGUGGCUGAGCGUGGGAUCAGUAGCACUACUGGUGGUACGGGGGGUACGUUUGGCGCUGCCGGGCCAGGUGCUCCAACAGGAUUGCUCGCCCCGGCGGCGACGGAGCCCUAUCUUCCGGACGGGUACGAGUUCUCCACGACUCCACCGUCGCUUGAUACAAGCGUGCCGUCGCUGGGUCAAACGCCCGGCCUCUCGCCUACGUUAAGCGAGCCCGGCCGAGAGACAGGUGGAUUGGGUUCGGCCCGCCCGCCAACGCCCACUCAUACCCACGUUCGGCACAACCCCGCCUCGCCCCCCGGUCCCACCCAACCGAUCGUCAACGACUCGGUUUCUGGGGAAAAGGAUCCCGAAGCACACGUCCCACACCUCCACCUCCUAGGCUACAAGCCCACGAGCUUCCGCGUGCGCGCGACGCACUAUCUCACCUGUCCAGCCGACGUGUGGAUCAGUCACCUGGCUUAUGGCGAGUUAAUCCAGGACUUUCUGAUUCUGACGCCAGACGUGGCCGUCGCCCUCGCCCUCUUUCCCCGCUUAAACGCAUGGGACGAUUUCUGGAGACUCGCUACUAUCGCGCUCCUCGGCCCACUCAUUUUGGUGGCGCUGGGCGAGUGUGAUUUCAAUCAGGCCGGGAUGGUUCCGUUCCGGCUGGUGGCGGCUGGCGUGGCGAUACACCACGUUAUCCUCGUGGUUGUUCACGUCGUCCGUGGGGCUGUGCUGGGCACAUCAGACCGCCGCACCGACUUUGGAACCUUCACGCGCCGCCAACGCGUCCUCCACUUUAUCACUGGCGUGAUUCGGGAGCUGUUCCAGAUAUCUCUCCUCCGCGGGCGGUGGCACCGCUCUGCUUGGAGCGUGAUCCUGGCAGUCCUCUCUGCCUUGGCCGUGGCCGUGCCAGUCUCCUCUCACUCGACUGCCGUUGGCCUCCUCGCUACCUCGGUAGGCCUCACCCUCCUCCUCGCGUUGUGGCGCGCGUUCCUCUCCGCCCACCGGAAAGUUUCUGUGCACAUCCGCCAGAGCGCGAGAGACAUGAUGUACGCCCUCCUCGUCACCCUAGCGCACGCUAUCGAUGCACUUGCGCUCGACGCCCUCCUUCUCCAGCUGGGCCGCUUCACGACCGUUCUCGAGAGUAUGGAAGUUGAAGAGCGCCGCCUCUUCGCACCCGAGGAAGCGGCCGUCGCCUCCCUCCACCGCCUCCCAGCCCGCGCCAACCUGGCCUCAAAACAGAUCCACGUCAUCCUCUCCUCCUUGGCUACGGGUCGGACCAAGAUCACGGCUCCCGAAGCCACCUUGGCCCUCGAUGCGGGAAUGUCGGUCGCGCGCGAGUUUAUGGGCCUCCGCCGCAUCCUUGACUUUCCCCCUGAUAUCGCCCGCGCGGCGGACAUUGACCUCAGUUUCUGGAUGGCAUGGAGUGUUCCCGAGCAGGAUGAGUGGUACCGCGCCAAAAGCCGGGUGCUGGUGCGGCAUACUCUGGUCAAUCCGGCUGUUGGGAAGACCGCACAAAUGUUGCAGGACAUGUGUGAUCCCAUUGCAAACUGGGGCGAAGGUUGGGUUGCGGAAGGGGAGCGGUGGGCGCAACUCAUGGGCGUUAUUCUCGCCGUAGGGGUGUACCGCGUCGUCGCACCCGUGGCGACACUUCUCCCCCUCAAAGCCGGGUAUCAGCUCUGGAUCGAUUUUUCGCUCUGUUUUGGAAUCGUGUGCCUCCUCUACUUCCUCCUCCAUCCCGGUCGGGCCCCGUCUUGUCCACCGCUUGCAGUGGGUUGGGUGGCCCUACACACAUUACUUGUCUUUACCCUCGUCGUGCUGCUUAUCUCCCUCGUUAACGCCCUCCAAGCCACGGCUCAUCUCUCGCUCCUUCGCGCCCUCCCACCCUUCCCCGGCCUAGGAGGCGCGUACGCUCCCCUCGCCCUCCCCUCAUAUAGAGGAAUCGCAGCCCUGGUCCGGCUGGCGGACACCCUCGUCCCACCACUGGACCUCACCCCGGCCAUCACCAGAAAGACUGACCCGGCAGCCGUCUACUCUUCACUCAAAACAUACCUCGAAGGCCACUUUGUCCGGCAGAUCUGGCCCCUGUUUCCGUCAGCUGGCGCAGCCCUCGCUCUACUUGGCCUUCGCUCUGUUCUAGUUCGUGGACCCGCGGCGUGGUUCACGGCCGGCGCUGGGGCCAUCUUAGCCGGCUUGGGAGGCAUGACUGUGGCCGCGCGCGACGGAAUGGGCGGGCACGUGUUGGAACGCAUGCGGGGUUGGUUACUCCCCACUGUGUUCCUGUACUUUGUCGUGGUGGCGGGCGCGGCUGCCUUCCUUAUCGUGCGCCGCGGGUGA